UGAUGAUGAUGAGUGACCGACGCACAUCCUUUUUCUCUCCUGAGAGAUGACGAAUGAGCGAGUCUAGGUGGCAAGAAGUGGGGAGGAGGACAAGGAGGAGAAACCACUGGCUGUGACAGUGACAGUUGCUUCUCUCCCUGGCUUCCCCCCUCCCGCUUCAGCUUCAUCAUCAUCAUCACCACCACCACCAUCAUCAUCAUCAUCAUCAUCAUCGCCUUCAGCAACAGCAGCUUCAGCUUCAGCAGCAGCAGAAGCAGCAGCAGCAGCAGCGUCCAUCGACAGCGUGGGGAACAAAUAAGCAGUACGCAUCUCCAAGAGGCGCUCCACUCGAAGGGGGAAGAUGGGGAAAUGGCAGAUGACCAAAUGUAAGGAGCAAGAAAUGAAACGAGAUCUUCAUUUAUGAUACGAACCCGGGUUCAUGCAUCAAUAGGAACUAUUCAAGUAACAAAAGAUUACCCCCUCUGACGCAUAAGGAAACAUGGAUGUAUCCUCAUCCUCGCUGCAGUAUGGAUCAAAAAAGCGGGUUAAGAUCCACCCGAACACAGUGACAGUGAAAUAUGCCACACACUUCCCCCAGCCUGGCGAUGAAGGGUAUGAUGACGCACCCUCUUUUGAGGAGUUUGGCGCCUUUGCAGAAUCUAGUGUGGGAAAGAGACUUGUGUCAGACCCCAAAGGUAGCAGGACUUUGUUUGGAACCAUGGAGACCCAGCCCAAGCAGCCAACUGUGCAAAGAGACAAGGGGGUCGGGGGCCAGCUGGCCAGCUUCGGAGAGGCGAAUGUGUUGGCCUCCAGGGUGACCUGGAUGGCCUUGUUUGGGGCAGCAGUGGCUCACGGUUGUGUGGCACUGAUUACUCGUUUAGCAGCCGACCGCUCUAAAGUGCCCUCCCUCGAGCUGCUCUUCAUCCGCUCCGUGAUCCAGGUGCUGUCCAUCCUGGUGGUCUUCUACUACCACGAGGCCCCCUUUGGCCCUAAAGGCUACCGUCUACGUCUCUUCUUCUAUGGCGUGUGCAACGUCAUCUCAAUCACUUGCGCCUACACCUCUUUUGCCAUAGUACCACCCAGUAACGGCACCCUCAUGUGGCGUGCCUCCACCACAGUCUUCAGCGCAAUACUGGCCUUCCUGUUGCUGGAUGAGAGGCUGAGCUACACAGAUGUGGUCACAGUGGUGGGGAGUGUGUUCGGCCUGUGCCUGGUCAUGGUGCCAAAUGUUGCAGACGAGGAGAAGUCCAGGCUGGGGUUUUGGAAGGAGGCUUUUGGCUACACAAUGACAGUGAUGGCCGGCUUGGCCGCUGCCCUCUCCAUGAUCGUCUACAGAGCCAUCAAGGAGCGUGUCAGCAUGUGGACGGCACUCUUUACCUUCGGCUGGACGGGCACGGUGUGGGGUGCCUCCACCAUGUUUAUCAUGCAGGAGCCCAUCAUUCCUCUGGAUGGGGAGACCUGGGGCUAUUUAAUUGGGAUCUGUAUCUGCUCCACCGUGGCGUUCCUCGGAGUCUACUAUGCUCUAAACAAGUUUCAUCCAGCCUUAGUCAGUACAGUGCAGCACCUUGAGAUCGUGGUUGCCAUGUUCCUCCAGCUCAUUGUUCUGAGGAUGAUCCCGUCUGUCUACGAUGUCAUCGGAUGUCUGGUCAUCAUGGUCAGUGUGUUCACCCUGACAGGAGUCAAGCUGUACAGGGUGAGCAGGGCCAUCCGGCAGGAUUAUCAAGAGAUCCUUGACUCGCCCAUCAAAUGAGUUUGGAUAUGUCAGUCUAUUUGUUUACAAUGUUGCUUGGUUGUGCAAUUUAAAGAAUGUCUGGAUCUUCAUCUGAUGAUUUUGUAUUGUUGUGUUGUUGGAAGGGUGCCAGUUGUGUAACUAAUGUCUUAAUAUUUGUGUGUGAAAUAAAAGACAAAUGUAGUAUGGUGACUAUGUCCCCCUGAUAGUUCUGCUUUAAUGUCAAAAUGUGUCAAAGACCAAAAUAUCAGCAAAAAAAAAAAAAAAGAAAAGAAAAGAAAAGAAAAAAGAGCCAGUUUAAUUUUUGUGAUUCAUUUUGCUCCAGCAUUUUAAACCAUAUUGAAUCUGGUCUUGUGAGUGGCAGUGUGAAAUGAUCAUUUUAAUGAUGACAUGCACCUUUUUAUAAUAACAACAUCAACAAGGUGUGGUGUAUCCCUCUGUUGUCGCACUGCCACACUUGUCACAGUGUGUAAAUGUCAGCCCAGAAAUCAUUCACACAUACAAGGAAAGAAAGAAUAAAAAUAAAUACCACCCAUGUUUUCAUAAAAUAACUGGUAUUGCUUUUGUUAGCCUUAAUCUGUUGUGGAAUUUCUUCAAAUGAAAUGGCAUUAUAGAGGAGUCAGGGGUGGAUAAAGUGACCUUUAUGUGCUGGGAUAGAGGUCCUGUCGUAUAGUGUAUAACUGGGGCUGUUCUUGUUAAAUGUGCCUCAGUUUACAAGUAGACUUUUGAUAUUUAUGGGACAUCAAAGAUUAUUUUGUGCACAAGGAAACUAGCAAUCCGUAUUAUUCCAUGUACAAUAUUUUGUGCACAAACUGCACCUUUCUGACUGCCUUUAACGUCCGUUCUGGCCCCAGCAGCCGCUUGAUAUCUAACACUAGCGAUCACGUCCCUGGACGCUGCUUCUGUUUACUUUCAGACGCAUAUCAAACUAAUGCCCCGAGGCAUGUGCACUGUAUUGAAUUAAAGUUCCCUUUAACAACAUGAGACCAUCUGCUUUUUCCGUAGUGGCCGAUUCAGUGGCUCACCAGCACUGUUUCCUUUCUCUGUGUAGAGAACAGAGCCAGGACAGUCGGUCUCUUUGAUUUCCCUGAGGCAAAGCAACAGUGAUGGAAUGAAAUAAUGACAAUGAUGAUGCAGUGCGGAUGAAAGAGGACAUGUUGUGGUUCAGAAGGGACUCAACAUGGGUGUUUCACUAGAAGCCCAGCAGGUGGCAUUCAAAAUCCACUCCAUUAUUCAUUCAGAGUUAGCUGAAGUUAUGUUUUAUUACAGUAAAUCAUGAAGGCAAUUAGUAGUAUAUUCAGUAGUUAAUAAUAUUAAGCUGUUAUUACAUUAAAACAAGAUAAAACAAUUGGCAUGACACACUUCAUCUAAACCCUUUUUAUUUACUGAGCAGAAGCAGAGAUUGGACUAAUUUAUGACUUGAUAAAGUGUUAUAAAUUUAUGACACUCUGUUGAAUGUUUAACAUAUUUCUAUUGAAAUGGUGAAUAAUCAGCCUUGUGGUUAUAUUAUAACCACACACAGCAGUGGUGUCGCUGAAAUCAGAUCAAUGUGUGAUGACAAUCUACUAUCACUGAUGUCACAGUCAAUAAAAUGGUGAGUAAACCACAACCUCAAUCCAUUUACAACCAAAAGAUGAACAACCACCAUCAUAAACACGUAAUAGUGUGAAAUUGUAUUUGACUUUGAAAACAUGCGCUCUGUCAUGUCACGUUUUCCUUUAAAAAACUUCAUAGUUAAAGUGUAUUUAUUCAAAGGGUGAAUAAACAGAGAUAAAGUGGG